AUGGCAGAUAUAGGAUUUUGGAAUUCAUUGCCAAUGUAUACCUGCUAGCUGAUAGAUAAGGCAAAAGGGACAGCUACGUGAAGCUCAACCUUUCAUCUUGGAUCGAAUCAGUACAAGGAAACUCCAAAAUUCCCACUCCCAAAUAAAGGAAAACUAUGUGGAAAUGGAGUACUGAGAAAAGGACACAUGGAAAAAACCUCAAAGACUGAUUUCCGCUCUUUACCUCUAUAAAGCCAUCAGACAUUUUCAGAUUCAUCAUCAAAUCAAGAGGCAAGCAUCUACACAUCAAAGCCUAGGGUAAGACACUAUCCAAGAUGUAUAUCUAUGCAUUUGGCUUACUUUUCGGUAAUUACAACAUGCCUCCCUGCUUAUAUGCAUAUGCAGUUAUAACAUACAGGCAUUUAUAUCUAGUUGAUCUUGUUUGAAAGUUAUUUUGCAUCAGCAGCAAUAUGCUUCAACUGAGUGAUGAGUAUGCAUGAAAAAAUCCAGGUAGCUGCUGUAAACUUACAGUGUUUUUUGACAGGCCAGAAUAAAGGACUGACUUUCCAGAAUUAGGAUUGGAACUAACUACAUGAGAGACUAAUUUCUGAGUCAGGAAUGCUAUGAGAUUAUGCUACAGUGGAAUUGGUUUCUGUAUCUAUUUUCACAAUUUAUAAACCAGUUAAAUACUAUCUGAAUGUGCACAUCAAACUAUAAAAAUAGUGAUCUCUAUGCUCUGAUAUCUAAAAUUUUAGUUUUCACUAAAUAGGAUUAUGCUAUACUUGGGUAUUACUAGUUCUAACUCCACAAAUUCAUCCAAAUCUUCAAAAAUGAUCUAAUGCUAGUAAAAAAACAACAACCCAAUUUUCUGUUCCUUUUAAUUCUGUACCAUAAGGUCAAUAAUUACUUCUUUUGGAGUAAAAUGAAAUUAUAUCUUUAUUAAUUCAUUCUUACAGUGUAGCAACAAAAUAUUUUCCUCUUAAUCUUUUAAUCCAUCUUUUUUAUUUAUUAAUGAUUACAUUUAUCAACCACAUUUUAGUCAAGAUUGGCUUUCAAUAAAAUUUUCAAUUAUUUAAAUCCAAUAUAACAUAAGAUGUUUCAGAUACAUGGAUGGGUGUAUGGCAGUUUCUGCAAUACAAGGAUGAGGAGUCAGUGGCCCUUCAUAUGUUGUUGGACUCCAACUCCCAUCAUCCCCAGCCAGCAUGAUCAAUAGUAAGGGAUGGUAGGAUCUGGAGUCCAGCAACAUCUGGAAGGGCUGGGGGUCUCCAAUCCCUGUUCAAGUCCCUAGAAGUUGGUGACAUGGUCCUGGACGCAGGUUCCUCCUUCAAAAGAAGGGUGAGGAGGGAGCUGCAGGUGGCAAGUUACUAGUUUUAUCAAGUGACAGAAGUGGUUCUCUUUUGUUUUGCUGAGUAUCUGGUUAACUGAAAGGUGCCCGGGUGGAGGGGAGCCCAUUCUUCCUCUGUUUUUUCAAUGGAAGAUCACCUGUCUUCUUGAUCAUUUCCCAUACCUUAAAGUGGACCAAUCAGAAUUGUAGUGGGUAAUUGUCAAUUAAUAUAAAGGUGCUACAGUUUUUCACCUCUAAUCCUCUACUAAUAUUUCCUAACACUGAGUCCUGAAGCUGUGUUCAAUACACACCCACCUGAAAAUAAGCCCCACUGAGAGUAGACACUCUAAGACACUAUGUCACUGAGCUGCUGGCUCCAGGGACUUUCUACUAUGAACUCAGUUUUUUAUCUUGUAAAGUUAAAGUCAAGUUUGCAACCUAUUCUGUAUAUAUGUGUGGUAAGGCCAGUGAUUCAUAAAAUCACAGAAUCAUAGACUUGGAAGGGAUGCCAAGGAUCAUCUAGUCCAAUCCCCUGCAAUGCAGAAAUCUCAACAAGGCAUCCACAACAGCAAAUAUUUGUAAAUAUAAACUAACUAACCAACCAACCAACCAACCCUAACAGGCUUCACUUUGCACUUACUUACUUACUUACUUACUUAAUAAAAUGUAUAUACUGCUUGAUUGUAGAAAAAAAUCUCAAAGCAGUUAUCAGCAGCAGUUGCAUAUUCAUUGGUUUUCAACCUACCCAGCCAUUUUUUUCCUGCUAUUGGAUAUCUUAUUUCUGUUCCAGAGUUCUGUCCAGAAAGCACUACUAUCGCACUGUAAAAUAUAAAGGGAGAAUAUAAAGGGAGAAGUUGCAGAUAGCACAUGGUGAAAAUAAUAAAACAAUACAAGAAGUUGCAUGUCUGGAUCAGAUUAACAUCUGACCCACCUGUGACCAGUCAUGUUAAAAAAAAAAAUGAUGAUGAUGAUGAUGAUGAUGAUUAGCACUUCACAGAUAAUGCAUGAAGCAUAAUGCAGAGGCAAAAUAAUUCAAAAACAUUUCCCCUCUUAACAGGAACACACUUUAGCCACCCAGAGGUUCUUCAUUCUCCAGACUAUGCAAGUCUUUUUCAGCCUCUUUCUCUAUCUCCUGCUGCCGCCUGUUUUGGGGGACAGGUUUUUCCAGUUUGGACCUUGCAGCAUUUCAAUGAAUAUUCAUGAAAUCCGGGAAUGCUUUGGUACAAUUAAAAAGGUCAUUGUAAGUAUUGUUCUUUUCUCCUUCUAUCAUAAGAGCCAAUCUCUUGGAAACUCAGUGCAGAGGACAUAUGGAAGCCAACACGAUAAUGGUUUGCCUGCAUUACUCCUUGAGUUGAGCAUUUACAAUUCACAAAGGUCCAAAAGUCUUGAUAGCUGUGGGAGAAGGGAUGACUUUUAAGAGCAAGAAAUUGGAGGAAAGAUUGGCAGCUCUGAGUGUAUUCAGUAGCUUUGUGUCAAAUAUUCUCUUUGUCAGUAUUUAUGUCAAAUGUAGCGCUCAUGGCACAGCUGAAUGGGUUGUGGCAAAAUAAAUCCUCACUUUGCCAAAUACCAGAAUCAUUUCAUUGCUUCUUUGGCAUCAUUUUAUUCACUUGGCACAUGCUUAUAGUUCUUGGCAGUAUUUUCUUUCUUCCUCAUUUCCUCCACAGCUUUCAUUGACCCACCUUCCUGUUAAAUCCAAUUGAUUUUGUUUCCAAAUUUCUACAGUGGUAUUGCAUUAGAUAUCAUCAUCAGUUUCACAUGGGCCACCACAACCAAUAGGAUUAAAUGACAAUGUAUGCAAAUGAGAGUGAGGACUGUGACGAAAAAGAAGAAAUUGUGAACAUUAAGUAUAGCAUUAAUAGGGCUGUCAUACGUCCUGGAUAUUACCAGGAGUUCAAAGGUGGAAUUGAUGCCUGGGGGGGAUUUUUGAAAGGCUGUGCUCAACUUUCGGGGUGUCCUGGUUUAUACUUUUUGGAAUAUGGCAACCCUAGCAUUAAGAGAACAUGGGUGUGUUUGCAAAAAAUGCCAAAGCAUGAGGAAAAUAAGGGGUGCUUUUCAACCCUUGUGAAAAAGAAAACAAAGCAUGGCUGUUUUGGUAUAGCCACAUUUAAUUCAGCAUAGAGAAAACUUCUAAGUUGUGUGUAGGCUAGUGUGGCGUUCGUACGGAGGCCCCGGUCGUCUCACGGACUAUUGACCCGUACACCACUAAUCCGCUGCCACCAACCAGGUCCUCCCUGGUAAAAUCACUUCAGUCUCAGUCAGCUUUUCAAUUCAUAAAGAAGAGUGUAUUUUAUUUCAGACUUAAAACAAAACUAUUACAGCAUUCCAAACAGUGUUCCUCUUUACUUUCUUAGUCUUAUGUUCCUCUCUCUAUCUCUGCUACCACCCCACACUCAAGGACCAACUGCCCUAACUGUCUCUCUAUUACCAACUGCCUUUCCCAGCCAGCCAACCCACUCAAAUACCAACCAACUACCCACCCACAACUCCCAAUGAACUAACUCCCAGAACUCCUCUCAGAACUCCUUUAUAGACCCACUGACUUCACCCCCCUGGAUCCUGUCGGUACAACCUAUUUAACUAUUUCCCCUCCAGCACUCUCUCAUAUAUGGUAACGUCACAGCUAGUAAUAUCCAUAUAUUUAAAAGACAAUCACCAGAAAGAUAACAAGUGAUUGUUCUAUUUUGUCACUGAAGACAGGACAAGAAGCAACACCAGCAAACACAAUUACUGCAAAUGUUUAAUUGCUAAACUGAUUCAUUAGCUGAUUUGGAAAAUUGAAUUGUGGGUGCAGGUUGAAUGGGUUUAAACUAAAUUAGAUUGCUCAAAUAAAAAAAUUAGCUGGCUGUCCUAAAUUUACCUAGAAGAAACUAAUGGGACCUUCAUAUGAGUAUAUGUGCUUAAAGUUAUGUUGUAAGAAACAUUUCCCCUUGCAGUAUUUCUUCAAAUUGCUUGAAGAAAGUGGAGUCUCUCAACAUUUAAAAAGUCAAUGUAAGAAGUUUCAGUAGAAUUACUCUCACUAUUGUGCAGUGUGGGGAAAGAAAAGGGUGUUGAAUUUAAAGAAUUGAUUUGAAGUUUUUCAUCUUUAAGCAUACUAGUUUGAAAUUUACAGCAAACCCAGAUGACCGUUACCUCCAUACAUUCUUGAUUGGGAGCUUGUUUGCUAGAUCAGAAAUGUUUCGUUUCAAUCAAUUCAGAAACUCAACUUUAACAAUAACAUUUUAUCAGUUCUCAUAAAUCUUUCCACUCCAAAAGCUGUUUCAUUAACAUUUUUAGCAAUACUAUCCAAUGCAGUCUUAGCUCCAAGAAACGUACUUAGACCCAGUGACAAUAUAAAUCUGGCUGAUCUGAAAGUACAGUUGUUUUCUCCUCCAGAUAUCGUUUGAUUUGUUACCUUUUUUCAAGCUGAAGCCUACAGUUAUAUUAAACUAUAUUUAUGUGCUGUUGGGCUGUAGUUGUUUAAUGAUCGGUGUGGCAAAAAGCACAUAAUCAGACUGGAUCAUCUCUCUUCCCUAUUUAGCAAGCCAGAGAUCCUAUCAGAACAGCAAGCAUUUUGCACCCACAUUCUCUGCAUAACUUUCAAGUAAGUGCUACUAGUUAGAAUAUCUCUUUGCAAUUUCUGUAGCAAAAUGAUAUCACUAUUAAUAUAUUUGAAUCAACUUGUGGAAAGCAAGCAGAUUUUGAUUUAAGAGAACAUUAACGAUCACACGGUUCAUCCUACUUUGAACAGUUCAGUCUACUUUUGUCUGAAACUCCCUUGCCAUCUCUGUUGCCCUUGGCUGGUUGGUUUUAGAUAUCUGUUGUAAGUCUGCAUGAGCAUUUUAUUUAAAAAGGAUUUUAGAAAGAGAGUACAUUUCUUGAAUGGUAUGGCUUUAGAUGGGUUGAAAUGCCAUGCUGAAUGUUAAGUUGCUAUUCUGUGCAGAGUGUUGCUGUAUAUGUCUUCUAAACAAAUAAGGCAGUUCUAUGCAUUUACACUGAGAAGUAAGCCCUAUUGGCUUUACUUCCAGAUAAACUUAUUUGGAAUGCUUGUAGCCCCAGGUCCAUGUAACGGUAUAAGACCUACUGCUGAUGUGUAAACCAUGUUUAAGGCUAUUUUAGGACUGGUCAGCUUUUGGAGGGGGGCAAAAAACCUUGUAAAUGAUGCAGGUGGGUUUUGUCUUGCUGAUAUGCCAGCAUUCCCAACCAAGAAAUGCAUCAAUUGGAAAAUGAUGUCUUGCUGGAGGCACUGGUUUUGGAAAGUGGCCUUAGAUGUAGAUCUGAUCUGCUUCCCACAACAGCAUGAUUUUUUUUUAACAUUUAAUUAAUUAGUUCAACCUGCAUUAAUCUGGCAGUUCCAGUAGUACAGGACUCUCCACUGGCUGAUGGCUGCAUUAAUGCAACAACAAAUGCUUUAAAAUAAUGUUUGCAUCCACUCAGAGUACACCCACUGAAAACAAUGCGUUUGACUAAGUUAAGUCUAUUGGAUUUAGUUGGUCUACUCUGCAUAUGACUAAGCUGAAUACAACCCAUUGUGAUAUGAUACAAGUUCACCUGCUGCGGGGCUGGGAUGGUGGGAGCAGGAUAUAAGCUUUUAUCAGUUUUCCUUGCUGGUGUGUGGGAAGCCUUUUCUCAAUGCAAAUUUGCCAAAAGGUUCUGAAAAAACUACAACUGCCAUUGUCUGGAAGCUUUGUCUUACAGUGUUUAAUAAAUCCAAACUCUCUCCCUGGAGACUUUAGACAGCUGUUGCCUUGCUCGUAGCAUCUUAAGAUUUUACCUGGACAAAGUCUUCAGGCACUGUGAGACAGGAAGUCUUUACAUCAAUCGGAAAAUCAGUGGCAUAGCCAACUCCUUCCUCAGUAUAGAGAAGAAAUUCAGAGUGUGUGUAAGUCACAUGUUGGUUUUGUGGAAAUUAUCAUAUUUUCAUUGCCCUGAAUGUUUAUUAGGAAGGGUUGUAAAUUAAUCUGAUUAAUCUUCAGAUUUGUUCAUUACGAUACUGUUGCCUUCUUUAAGUUAUAGAAUGUGAACCACUUGAAAGGGUCAGUUUUCUUUGGAGGAGAUACUGCCAGAGAACUGAGUGGUAUUUUGUGAUAUAUUUUAAAGAUAUUAUGCAAUAGAUAAUGCCCAAUGUAGAGAAUUAGCAGGAAUGUGCAGAGAAGUACACAAGCAGGCAGUUCUGGCCCCAAAGUCGAACAACUACCACAGAGCAUUACUGAAAUAAAGAUAACAAUUGAGGCCCUCCGCAGAAUAUUUUAGCGUAACUGCCAUACUCACAAGAGCUGUUCAUUCAGGGUUGCAGCUGGCCAUUACACACAAGCAGGGCAAACUCCUUACCCUCUAUCUCAGUUUUCUGAUUUUUUCUUUUCCAUUAAAAGGUGAAUCUAACUUACAUUUACAAUAUAUGAACUGAAACACAGCCAUCCUUUGAAUUUUGCACUGAAGAAGUGUGCAUGCACACGAAAGCUCAUACCAAUAACAAACUUAGUUGGUCUCUAAGGUGCUACUAGAAGGAAUUUUUUUUAUUUUGUUUAGACUUCUCCAAAGUUUGCAUUGUAGUUCUCUUGUCAAGUAACAUGUAUAAAAAUGCACACACAGUGGUAAAGUUUCCAUUAAAAUGAUGAUUUAAAACAAAUUAUUUAUAUCCCGCCCUCCCUGGCCAGGACUGGGCUCAAUAUGGUGAAAAUAUGGUACCAAAUGCAUUAUUUUAGGAGGAAAUGUUCUGCAAAAUUGUGUAUAUUAAGCAAAAUUGCAUACAAACAUAUCAGGAGAAAUUUGCACUAUCUAAUGAAUUUUCACAAGAACUUCUUUUUCAAAAAAAGAAUACAAGCUGAUAUAGAGAUCUGAAUUUAAGAAUAGAAAGAUUUUUUUCCAUAGCCCCACUUUGGUUCUGUUUCCAUCAGCCACCCAAGUCCACUAUUAGUGGUAGUGAUGGAUUCACUGUAUGUAGUACAGUCUGAUAAAACGCAGCUGACGAAACUGGUAUGUCCCAAACCUCUACUGAAUUUUAUUAUGCCAAUGGGUAUUCUUACUAUAAUUUCCCAGCAGGAUGAAAAUAUGUGCACCUGUGGGGAAGAGGCAACAAACAAAUAUCAGCAGAUCAUCAGAAACUAUGAGCAGGUAAACUGAUUGGACUGCAACCUGAACUUUAAAGUGCAAUAGAAAUGGUUAUUGAUUAUGAUAUUAAUCUUAACAACAAAAAUAAAGGCAGCAGGUGACUAAAGGGGAAUGUUUACAUCCCACCCCAAAAUGCUAAUGUACCACCCCCAAAUGCUUUUGUUAUUGACCAAGUUUUCAUGUUAAUUAACUUCCAGAUGGAUGUUACACUUGCUGCUAUGAAAGCCCUUGGAGAACUGGAUAUCCUGCUAAAUUGGCUGGAGGCAUAUUAG